AAAAAAAAAAUAAAAAAUUGACAUUUCAAGUCAAGCAUUUUAUUGAUAUUUACAAACAAUAAUAAAAAUAUUUAUAUAUAAACAAAAGUUGUGUUAGAAUACUUGUGUAAUAAUAUUUAAUAUAAAAUAGUUCAAGUUAAUUAAUAAUCAUUGAAAAAUACAUAGAAAAAAAAAAAAAUAUGUAAAUGUAUUUUUAACCUCAAAUUAAUAUCAAGAUUUAAUAAUAAUAAAUUAAUUGUUGAAUAAAAAUAGUUAUAAACAAUGCUUCAAGCUCUUCGUGAAAGAUCUCAAAAGAGAAAAAAAUUACUAGCUCAAACACUUGGUGUUUCUAGUGUUGAUGAAUUACGACAAAUACUAGGAACAGAUAUAGAUGAAAAUCAACGUAAAAAAACAAAAAAUUUAGAAAUUGAAGAUGAAAAAUUAAAAAAUCAAAAAAAUGAUGUUAUACCAGCCGAUGAAAUAGUCUACAAAGAUUCAUCAACAUUUUUAAAGGGUACACAAUCAUCAAAUCCACACAAUGAUUAUUGUCAACAUUUUAUUGAUACUGGACAAAGACCACAAAAUUUUAUUCGUGAUGUUGGUCUUGCUGAUAGAUUUGAAGAAUAUCCAAAAUUACGUGAAUUAAUAAAAUUAAAAGAUGAUUUAAUUGCUGAAACAGCAACACCACCAAUGUAUUUAAAAACAAAUUUAUCAAAAUAUAAUAUGAAAGAAUUAAAUUGUAAAUUUGAUGUUAUAUUAAUUGAACCACCAUUAGAAGAAUAUCAACGUACAUGUGGUGUUACAAAUGUUGCAUUAUGGAAUUGGGAAUCAAUAAUGGAAUUAGAUAUUGGUGAAAUUGCUGGUAAUCGUAGUUUUGUAUUUUUAUGGUGUGGUAGUAGUGAUGGAUUAGAUAUGGGACGUUAUUGUUUACGUAAAUGGGGUUUUAGAAGAUGUGAAGAUAUUUGUUGGAUACGUACAAAUAUUAAUAAUCCAGGACACAGUAAAAAUUUAGAUAGUAAAGCUGUAUUACAACGUACUAAAGAACAUUGUUUAAUGGGUAUUAAAGGUACUGUUAGACGUUCAACUGAUGGUGAUUUUAUACAUGCUAAUGUUGAUAUUGAUUUAAUUAUAUCUGAAGAACAAGAAUAUGGAUCAAUUGAUAAACCAGUUGAAAUAUUUCAUAUUAUUGAACAUUUUUGUCUUGGAAGAAGAAGACUACAUCUUUUUGGACGUGAUAGUACAAUAAGACCAGGUUGGUUAACUGUUGGUCCAGAAUUAACAAAUACUAAUUUUAAUGCUGAUUUAUAUAGUAGUUAUUUUUCAACUGGUCAAAUAACAACUGGUUGUACUGAAAGAAUUGAAGCACUUAGACCAAAAUCACCACCACCAAAAGGUAAAGUACCUGGACGAGGUCGUGGUACUUUUAAUCGUGGUGGUAGAGGCAGAGGAAGCGGUGCUCGGACAUUUUUGAAUUACUGUACGAAUUGAUAAAUGAAAAAUUUUAUUUAACAACUAAACCAGAUUUUUUUUUUAUACUAGUUUAUAUAGUUUUUUAUAUUUUUUUUUUUUUUGAAAAUAAUAUAAAUAAGUUUUGAUGUAUUUUUUAAUUAAAAAUAAAAUUGCUCAUAUGUUUUUUUUUUAUGCGAAAUCAAGUCAUUUUAUUAUUUGUACUCUUUAGGUUAAGGUCUAAUUAUUUAUUAAUUUUUUAUUUUCAUUAAUCAAGUAAACAACAAAAAAUAAAAAUUUCUAAAAAAAAAAA